AAGCGCUCAGUCCGGCUGAGGCGGUGCUGAGGCCGGACGCAAAGAAGGGAGAUUCUUUGUGUCGCCUUCCGAGGCUCCAUGGCUUUCUCUGCAGGCAUGGAGCCACUUUGGGGGGAUUCCUCUGCUGCGUCUCCCAGGGAGGAGUCCAAUCCCUUUUCCUUCAAGGAGUUCGUCCGGAGCAAGAAACAGAACCCGGAACCCUCUCAGAGCCUUUCCCUCGAACCUGAAGCCAGCUCCAAGGAACCUUCCCGACUUGACAAUGAUGAAGAGGAUGACGACGAAUGGAGCAGUUCCUACCGGCCGUCGGCUAUCGAAGAAGCCCUUUCUCUGAGCGCCAGUCCUUCCUCGCCUUCCCCUCUGUGGCCCUUGAGAGCACCGACGAGCCCCCAAAAUGGAGGGGACGCAUUCCUUCCUCUGCAAAGCUACCACGAACUGAAAGAAGAAAAUUCGCAGCUAAGGAGCAGAAUCUGUGAAGUUGAAACGGUUUCGGAGAUGCGAGCGGAGAGAGUCAAGCAGCUCGAAAAGACGCUGGAGGAGAACCAACGGAAAGAGGCCAAAGAGGCCCGCGACUUGGAAGCCAUGGUCCAGCAAGUGGAGGAAAACCUCCGGCGCAUGACGAAACGGGCCUCGAAGGCUGAAAGCAGUGCUGUGAAGCUGAAGCAGGAGAACGCCCUUCUGCAGGUUCAGGUGGAGAAUUACAGGACGGAAAAGGAAGCCAUGAAACGCAAUGCAGAUGUUGCUUUGCAUAACCUUCUGAUGGUGUUGACGAAAUCCAGGUUAUCCAUCAAGCAAUUGCUUUCGGGAGCAGAAGAAUUGGAGAUUGUAGCCGAAUUCCUGAAAUCAAUGGACAAAAUCACUGAAAUGCCAACAGAUUCUCUCUGAGCUUUCAGUAUUGGAUUUUUCUAACCUUUUGCCCUUUGGUUGGGCCUGAUUCAAAGAGCCUCACUAUACAUAUAAUUUCACUUGUUUUGACUUAUAUGCUCACUUUUUGCCUUUUAUAUGUGUAAAUAUAUAUAUGCAGUGUUUUCAAUUAAAUUCCCAUGAGAUGUA